AUGUCUUUCACGUCGAGCUCUAUUUUCGGUACAGGCGGCUUGGGCGGUUUAGGUGUAGCAAACCAGCCGUCGCAGCCGUCACAACCGCCGCAGCCUUCCAGCAUAUUAUCCCAAGGGAACCCAAGAAGUAUUUUCGGAAAUUCCUCGGCAACUCAGACACCGUCAACUACCCCCCUCUUCGGUGGACAACCCCAAACCCAACAACAGCCUGCUCAAUCGUCCAUGGUUGGAUUGGGUCAAUCAAGUGCUGGGAGCCAGCCCUUACAUACCUCUUCACAGGCAGCGCUACCCGCGUUCUUCAACAGUCUAUUAGAGCGCGGUAAAAAGCGACCGCUUUCUGCAGUCACUCAGAAUAGUAAUUUUGAGGAGCUGCCUAAUCUGCAGUUGGGUCUCGAUGAUAUCAGACGAAAGGCAAGAGGACUUGGCACCGGGACUCUGAAAGAUACGCAUGCGCCAAGUAGCAAGGCACAUUAUUUACUUGCAGCGUCAGGCGUCUCUCCAGGACAUGCUUUACGUGAUUUGAAAGCUUUAGAACCUCAAGCGUCCAUCUCACUUCCAUCGAAGGAAUCGGAGGUUUUUGAUCCGGACAACCAGAAGUACUUGAGGAAUAUCCAGCAACGAGGUCGUCAGGUUAUGGUCGCAGAGAGUCUUGUCCGAGCCCAAAGGGAUUUUGACUCGUUUUUGGAAGAAAGGGUUGACCUCGAUUGGGAGGAGCAGCGCCAUAGAAUUUUUAAACAUUUCGGUUUAUCACAAAGAGAUGAUCCGUUGGGGGAUUCAGGACCAUCAUUUGGCCGCUCAACCAGGCAGCCCAAUAAAUUUGGGUCUUCAUCUACACAUGGUCUUACUCGUAGGAGCGUCUUCGGCCGAACUGGCUUGGAGAAGUCCGUUAUAGGCACUCCGGGAACUGGGAAACCAAGCUAUCAGCUUUUUGGAGAUCCAAUGGAGCGCCCCGACGACUCUGGUUCGAAUACUUUGGACCUUCGGUUCUUGCGCGAAAAAAUGGGCUAUUACGCGGAUAAAGUCCAGUCACUUAACUCCGCACGGCUUCAAGCGCGUAGCUUUCCGGUUCUCCACGAGUUUUCCGAAGUUGAAGAACGCGCCGGUGGUGAUGUUCCUCGUCAGCUUUUUGAUGCAUACAAAGCCCUUGUAAGCAUUAUCGGGGAACCUACUGAUGUUACAGGUAGUUCGGAUCCUGGCGCAAUAAAAGAGCGGCAAUUCUCAGAGGAAUAUCUGAACGAGACACCGAAGUCGCAACAAGCUGCCGGCCUUAGGAAACAAAUAAUUGAAGGCUCAAGAAAAUUUCUGGAGAACUCAUUCUACAAUGAUAUCGAGGGAGCGAUUGCCAAAAAUCCCCGCGAAGCGCAACUUGGUGGAAUACCCACCGUGAUUAACAAAGUUCGGGCGUUUAUCCGUCUCAGAGAAUCUAGGAGGGACCUUGCUCCGGAUGGAGCUGAGUUACAGAUGGUGGGGAAUGAUUACUGCUGGAUUCUUAUAUUUUAUCUUCUUCGAUGUGGAUUUGUUACUGAAGCGGCAGAAUACGUUACCCAAGAUCCCGGUUUCCGGUCGUUGGAUCAUAAAUUUGUGACAUAUAUGACGACUUAUGCCCAAAGCAAACGACUGCCGAGAGACAUGCAACAAAGGAUCAAUGGGGAGUACCAACAGCGGUCACGCAACGCCCCCGACAACACUAUCGACCCAUACCGAAUGGCGUGUUAUAAGAUCAUUGGGCGCUGUGAUCUUGUUCGUAGGCGCUUGGAUGGGAUUAAUCAAAGCGUCGAAGACUGGAUGUGGUUGCAAUUCAGCUUAGCUAGAGAGGAUGACAGGGCUGAAGAGAUUGCCGGUGAUGUUUUUGGACUGGAAGACAUCCAGACAGAUAUCACAGAGAUAGGGCAACGAAUGUUCGGAAAAGGCCAAGAAGGACCUGGUUAUGGAACUUUCUUUCUCCUCCAGAUCCUCGGAGGAAUGUUCGAACAAGCGGUUUCAUAUCUUGGGUCUUAUGCACCUGUCAGUGCAGUACACUUCGCCAUUUCACUCGCGUACUAUGGCCUCCUGAGAGUGUCUGAUUUUUACACCUCUGGAGAAGAAAUUUUAUCAUUCACGGUGAAACAGUACCCGCAGAUUAAUUUUGGUUACCUCUUGACUCAAUACACGAAAGAGUUCCGUACCGCGCACGUUGAAGCGGCAGUGGACUAUUUCUCUCUUCUUUGCCUCAACGCUGAUCUUCCAGGGGCCUUGGGUAAAUCCCAGGCUUCCGUGUGUCAUGAGGCGCUGCGGGAAUACAUCCUAGAGACGAGAGACUUUGCAAAGCUACUCGGCGACAUUCGUUCGGAUGGUACCAGAAUUAAAGGCCUGAUUGAACAACGCAUUAGUCUGAUUAAAUUGGUGGAUCAAGAAGAGUUCCUGAAAACAAUUACUGUUCAAGCAGCCGCCGUCGCUGAAGACAAAGGCUUAAUAACAGACGCGGUGCUCCUGUAUCAUCUUGCCGAAGACUACGAUCGUGUUAUUGAUAUAAUCGACAGAACCUUGUCGGAUUCUGUGGCCGUUCCCUUGGGAAGCCCGACGUUGAAAUUACAGCCUCUACGGCCUCGCACUAGCCUGCCGCCAAACGGCCAAAACUUGGAACACGGGGACUCAGUAGAACCGGGAACUAGCCUGAGUUUGACUGUCGUGGAAGACCCAGUUGUGCUCGCAAAGAAUAUGAUCAGUCUGUACAACCAGAACGCCUUAUAUUAUCAGCGGAUUCGUCAAUCGAGCCGCGACACAUGUGGUCUUCUACUCCGCAUGAUGGAGGCGAAAACAGAAGUAGAGACAGGGAAAUGGACGGCAGCCCUGGACACAAUCAAUGGACUAGGUAUCCUACCGUUACGGGCCAAUGGAUCUGUACCUUACAUUCGAAGUGCCGCCCAAGCAUUUUCAUCCCUCCCAUCACUAAUUUCCAGCAAUGUGGGCCAUGUGAUAAUCUGGAGCAUCACAUGCAUUGGUCGCGAACGUGAGCGAUUGAGAAAUGGCGCCUACGAAAACGAAAUGAGACAAGGCCUUGCUGAGGAGCUGUUGGCCAUGGCAAAGGAUUUGAUGAUUUUCUCUGGGAUGGUCAAAUACAAACUACCACCAAGAGUUUAUGAAACCCUUGCUCGAGCUGGAGCCAAUAUUGGUGCUUAUUAG